AUUAAUUGCUCACUUUUACUAAUUUUAUUUUUUCCUUCAAAAUAUUCAACCUUAUGAAUGUCAUCAACAUGUCAUCUCUAUCUUUCAAGGUUUUAGUCAAACCCCAGAGUCGUAAAUUCUCAGCGACUUUUCCUUUUUCAUAUCUAUCUCCUUACUAAUCCAACGCUCCUCCUUUCCUAAUCUUCCAUUCUCAUUUCUCAAUUGCAAUUUCAUUCUCCAAUUCCUAUAUUAUCUGCAAACAGGUGUUUGGUUUUAAUUUUUUUGUGCUCGUUCGUAAUAUUUUGAAGAAUAAUGGGAGCGGUUUGUUCUGCUGGGAUGGUGGAGAAGAAUGCAGAGCUUGGAGGGAAGAGUUUGGGGUUUUCUGGGAAGCUUAAGAAGGAAAAUAGCUUUAUGAAUCGGAGAGAUAGUAAUAAUGGUCAAGGCAAAAAACAAAUGAAGCACGAAACUCGUUUUUCCACUGAACUUGGUUUAUCGACUCCUGCUUCAAUGGGGGGAAAACAGGUCUCUCAGAAGGGUUCUUUUCUGGGAAAAGCUGGCGAGAGGGCAGUGGAAGUUCUUGACACACUUGGAAGUGGGAUGUCAAAGUUAAACACGAGUACUGGGUUUGUCUCUGUAACGGCUUCUAGAGGGAAUAAAAUAUCAAUAUUGGCAUUUGAAGUAGCUAAUACAAUAACCAAAGGAGCAAGUUUGUUUCAAUCACUUUCUGAAGAAAACAUUCAGCUUCUUAAAAAGGAAAUUUUACAAUCUGAAGGGGUUCAACAAUUAGUCUCCACUGAGACCAAGGAGUUAUUAAGUCUUGCAGAGGCUGACAAAAGGGAAGAAUUCAAUGCCUUUGCACGGGAAGUAGCUAGAUUUGGAAAUAUGUGUAAAGACCCACAGUGGCAUAACCUAGAUCGAUAUUUCUCAAGAUUACACUUGGAUGUCCUGGGUGACAAACAAUAUCGGGUAGAGGCAGAGAAGACAAUGCAGGAGUUUACCAAUCUAGUUCAACAUACUGCUGAAUUAUACCAUGAAUUAAGUGCUUAUGAACGUUUUGAACAAGAUUAUCUGCAUAAGAUUAAGGAAAUGGAGUCCUUAAAUCUUCCUCUAAAAGGGGAGAGUAUCACGAUUUUUCAAAGUGAGCUAAAGCAUCAGAGAAAGCUUGUGAGGAGCUUGAAAAAGAAGUCUCUUUGGUCCAGAAGUUUGGAGGAGAUUGUUGAAAAGCUUGUUGAUAUUGUUACCUAUAUGCAUCAAGCAAUUUAUGAGCUCCUUGGAAAUCAUGGUAAAACUGCUACCGAGUACAGUCAAGGUUCCCAAAGAAUAGGUGAAGCUGGUCUUGCACUACACUAUGCUAACAUCAUUAACCAGAUAAAUAUGAUUGUAAGUUUGUAUCAUGCAUCCAUGCUAGUAAGAUUUGCAAUGACCUUACCAAAUAAUUAUUUUCGUUUAAAUAACAAUGGGUUACUUUGUCUCAAUCAGGCAUCUCGCCCAACCUCUCUUCCUACAAAUACACGGGACACAUUAUAUCACAGUUUGCCUAACAGUGUUAAGAGUGCUCUUCCAUCCCGGUUGCAAACCAUUGCUGACAUGAAAGAGCUAUCCAUCACACAACUCAAAGCGGAAAUGGAUAAGACUCUUCAGUGGCUUUUACCAUUUGCCACAAAUACAAUCAAAGCACAUCAAGGUUUUGGAUGGGUUGGUGAAUGGGCAAACACAAGUAACGACUUAGGUGACAACACAGCCAAAGAAAGUAACCCGAUUCGCAUCCAGACACUUUAUUAUGCUGAUAAGCAGAAGAUAGAUCUUCACAUUAUUGAAUUGUUGGCAUGGCUUCACCAUUUGGUUAGCUCUGUAAGGUCAAGACAAAAUGCCUUGAGGCCAAUGCCUUCAUGGUCUCCUCCAAAGGGACUUGAACUUCAGUCCAAGAUGCGACAGUUUUUAAUUCUAUCUGUGGAAAAUAACAAGAAGCCGUUGGGAACUCUUUCUCAAGAGGAUAGGAGGUUGUUGGAAGAGGUCAUUGCAAGAAGAAGGAACCCAGGAAUUAGCAAGAGCGAGGAUCUUGGUUUGGCCAAGAAAAGAGAAGCCAGGGAAUUGCAUGGGACCAAAAGUGCUGGGAGUUCACCUGCUAAGGAGUUCUUCAGUUCAAGACACGUUUUUAACCACCAAAACUACAACGUUUGGGAUAUAAUGGAUGGGUUAAGAUAAAGAUACUAAAGGCUUCCUUCACCUACACUUGUCUUGGGUCCUCGCUUCUCGCUCUAUGUUUUUCAUUUAAAGUUCUUGCUUCCCGACGACACUCAUCCUUCAUUUCUUUAAACCUUUUAGCAUGUAUAUAUCGAUAUAUGUAGCCUAUUCUUUUAACUUUACAAUUAAUUUUGUACAGGGAAAUAGUUGAAUUCCUAUCACUAAAAUUAUAAGCUUAUAUAUUCUUUCAAGG